AGUUCCCUCUAACCUCCCCACCUCCCCAACACCAAGCUCCUAAAUUUAUUGAAGAAAAACAAGCUCAUUUUCAAAGUUCAGCCGGGCAUAGCAAAAGAAGCAGGCAGCAUUCUCACAGUGAGAACCCUGGAUUUGUAGAUCAUGAAGAGAAUGGAGAGACAUAUGGUCAGGGGACCACUGCAUAAGCACUUUGAUCUGGAGAGGAAAAGUGCAAAGCAGGCUGAAGCCAGACUCAGCCAAAGACUGCAGAGACUGGAGGAUAUCUGCCUGUACCACGUGAAGUCACUGACCAGGGAGCAGAGACAGCUCCAGAAAGAACUGCAGAGGCUGCAGCAAGCAGAUAUCAUCACGAAAAAGCUCUGCUCUUACUUUGGGAAUGGAAGUCAGAAGAGACCAGAAGAUGUUCUCACGCUCUCAUCACAGGGAGGGCAGAAGCACAGAGCUCUGCAGGCUAGCAAAGCUAGCGCACUGACAACAAAUACGACCCAAGGAAGCUCCAUAACCAAGUCCCAGAUGCCUCCUUUCCAUCACAUUGGUCCCAAGGACCCCAUGAAAAGCAAAUGGCAGUCACUAUCUCAAAAUAACAGAACUUCGCACUUUGUAGAAGAGAAGCUGCCAGACCAAGAGAAACAGUCUAUAAACCCACCAAAAGGAAAAGGCUCCAACGAGACCAUCUCUCUUCUCUGUCAAAAUCAAGACCUCUCCACACACACUGUCGAUGGAGGCCCCAGUUCCAGCCCAGCUGGUGACAGUGAACCGGCGCACGGUGAUGAGACCAGAUCAAAUGAUGCCCACACAAGGCCAGACCACACCACUGCAAAACAAACCCCCCUGGAUCCCAUGGAAGGUGGAGGAGACUUCAAAGAUAAGCCCCAAACAUCAACCUACUUGGAGUUGUUUGAAAAGGCCAGAAAAGCUCACUACCUCCGGCACCGGACCCCCCCAGAGUCUGAGAGAUUGCUCAGCAUUGCAGAGAUCUUCGGGCACAAGGAAUCCUCACAGUCCAGGGCAGAAAAGUGAUGUGAGAACAGGGUGACCAUCUAAGUAAGUUACUUCAUCUUUAAUCACCCACUAU